AUGUCACCUCCGGCAAUCAUUGCACCCUCCAUACUGAGCGCGGAUUUCGCUGCUCUAGGAGCGGCAUGCUCAAAGACUAUCGGAGAGGGUGCGGACUGGCUGCAUGUUGACAUUAUGGAUGGCCAUUUCGUUCCCAAUAUUACCUUCGGUGCUCCUGUCGUCACCAAGAUCAGAUCACACGUCGACCGACCCAAGACUGCCGGUGGUAAAGGUACAUUUGAUUGCCAUAUGAUGAUAUCUGAGCCACACAGAUGGGCUAGUACGUUCCGUGAUGCAGGUUGCGAUUUAUACUGCUUCCACUAUGAAGCCGCGGUCACAUCGGUCGCCGCAACCAAGCCUGAAGACACAACUACCAAGAGUCCAACAUCUCCGAAGCAACUGAUUCGAUACAUCCACGAACUAGGCAUGCAGGCAGGCAUAGCCAUCAAACCAGACACCCCUGUCGAUGUUCUGUGGGACAUUCUGGAGAAUGAGUCUAAGGAAGAGAGGCCGGAUAUGGUGUUAGUCAUGACCGUACAUCCGGGCUUCGGUGGCCAGAAAUUCAUGGCCAGUGAGCUACCCAAGGUAACGGCACUGCGGCAGAAGUAUCCCGAUCUCAAUAUCGAAGUUGACGGCGGUCUCGGCGAGGGCACAAUCGACCAGGCAGCGGAAGCUGGUGCCAACGUGAUUGUUGCUGGCAGUGCCGUGUUCGGGGCCAAGGAUCCUGGACAUGUCAUUCAGCUGCUUAGAGAGGCCGUGGAGAAGAGGAGGGGUGGCAAGUUAUGA